AUGAACGUGAAUAGAGAAAGAGUUCAGCCAGCUGAUAUAUCCUUACCAUCAGCGGCGGUGGCAGAUCCGAUGUCUUGCACCAUCCACACUGAAGCCAUGGAUGUGAGUGGGGAGCAAAGGCUCCCUGGUAAUGAUCUGGCUGCCUUCUCCUGCCCGGCCAGCCGGGAGAGACAGGGGGAUACACAGGGAAUCGCUGCCCAAGAGGCAGUGGUCGUGGCCCCAGCUCCUACCAGUAACAACAGGACCACCUCUUUCUCUGUCUUGGACAUUCUGGAUCCCAACAAGUUUAACAGCAGCAAGCGGCGGCAGUGCAGUAUUCUGUACAGAGCCGGCAGCGAGUACACAGUGGCAGCGGCGGGGGAAAGGGCUGCGAACGCUUUUUGUGAAAUUGCAGAUCGGAAAACGAUAAACGACAGCGGGUUGGACACAUGCAAGAAGGCAGCUGAUAUCAUCAAAGAUGGAGAUUUCCUUGACAGUUACAAAGGUGAGCAACGUGAGAAAGAUUUCUGCCGGACCUUAGAGCCAGAGCACGACAGCAACGAGACGUCGCGACAGGAGGACGCCGAGGAGUUGAGUGAAGACAGCGGGGCCGGCAGGAGAGCGGGAGGAGGCACUCUGGCCUCUCCAGGAGAGAGGAUGUCCGGGGUCGAGGGAGAACAGGACGAGGAGGAGGAAGAGGAGGACGAGGAGGAGGAGGAGGAAAGUGCGACAGGGGGCCGCGAAAGCUUGAGCCCACGCAGUCCUCAGAGCCAGCAGCUGCAGCAGUGCCCGUCCCAGCCUCAGCAGCAGAGUCAGGCUCAGCAGCACAAGAGCAAAAGGAAACGCAGUGGCUCGGACGCUAAAUCGGGCAAACCCCGGCGGGCCCGCACCGCCUUCACCUAUGAGCAGUUGGUGGCGCUGGAGAACAAGUUCAAGUCGACCCGCUACCUGUCAGUGUGCGAGCGCCUGAACCUGGCGCUGUCCCUCAGUCUCACCGAGACCCAGGUCAAGAUCUGGUUCCAGAACCGCAGGACCAAGUGGAAGAAGCAGAACCCCGGCGCGGACACUAGCGCUCCCACCGGGGGAGGAGGAGGUGCAGGGGGCGGAGGAGCAGGUGGCGGCGGUGCAGGGACAGGGGGAGGGUCGGGCUUGGGGGGACCGUCGGCGGGCCAUCUGAGUGGCCUCAGCCCCAUGAGCACUUCUUCGCCGGUGACCGGGCCACUUUCCAUGCACUCGGCUUAUUCAAACCCCGGCGGGCUAGUGUGCGCCGCGCAAUUGCCCUUCCUGCCCUCGCCGGCAACCGUGCUUUCCCCUUUUAUGCUCAGCUCGCAGACUUACGGGGCUCCGGCUUUCUACGCACCUCACUUACAAUGA